AUGUCCGAAGCCAGACUCCCCUCCAGCUCCCCCAGAUGCCCCCUGGCUCACCUGUGCAAGUACUGUGGGGUGGAGUUCCCCCGCUCCUGGGACCUCCGCUACCACAUGCGCUCGCACCCCGAGGGGCGCGGCUUCGGCUGCAAGCUGUGCGGCAAAGCCUUCUUCCGCUCCUCAGCCCUGCUGCGCCACGAGAUCACGCACAGUGGGGAGAAGCCCUUCAAGUGCGGUGAGUGCGGGAAGGGCUUUGCCCAGGCGGUGCAGCUGGAGAACCACACCCGCUCCCACACCGGCGAGCGCCCCUUCGCCUGCGGCCAGUGCGGGAAGGCCUUCAUGUCCUCCUCCCACCUGGCCCAGCACCGGCGCAUCCACUGGGCCGAGCGGAAGCACCGCUGCCCGCUCUGCGGGAAGACCUUCCUACGGCCCUGGGACGUCGUCCAGCACCAGCGCUUCCACACCGGUGAGCGCAACUUCCGCUGCGAGGACUGCGGGAAGAACUUCUUCCGCUCCUCGGACCUCCUGCGGCACCAGCGGAUCCACACCGGCGAGCGGCCCUUCCGCUGCCAGCCCUGCGGGAAGACCUUCUCGCGCUCCUCCGUCCUGGCCAAGCACGCCCUGACCCACACGGGGGAGAAGCCCUACAAGUGCGAGACCUGCCAGAAGGCCUACAUCACCGCCUCCCAGCUCACCGAGCACCGGCGCGUCCACACGGGGGAGAAGCCCUACCUCUGCGCCGAUUGCGGCAAGACCUUCACCUACUCCUUCCUCCUCCGCCGCCACGUCAAAAUCCACACCGGGGAGCGCCCCCACGCCUGCCCCGAGUGCCCCAAGGCCUUCAAGACCUCGGGGCAUUUGCACAAGCACCGGCAGAUCCAUGCCAGGGAGGGAGUGGGGGCAGGGAAGGGGUGGCAAAGGCGCGAAGGGGAGGCAGACUGCGGAGAAGAGUGGUGA